GCUGGCAGCUGUAGCUCUGAUUCAACCCCCUAGCCUGGGAACUUCCAUGUGCUUCGAGUGCAGCCCUAAAAAGCAAAAGAAAAAAGUUUCCUUUGCAUGCCUUUGGAAAGCACCAUGAAAAAGGAAAGCAUGGUCUUAAGAAUGCACUGAUGUUGAGGUAUUUCUGGAAUUCUCUUGGGAGGAAAAUAUGUGUCUACUCAGUUUGGGGAAUUUUUGUUGAAUCCUGGUUUGCUUUGGAGUCCAUAAAAUAUACCUGAGUGCUCUGAAAUCCACAGGAAGACUUAGUUUGACCAUUUGCUUACUAUGUGUUUGGACCUGGAGUUAUCCCAGUGUGGACCCUGGGCAGACAUGGAAUUUGGCAGUCUGGUUUUGGGAGUUUGGAUCUACAUAUGUGAGUCAGCUUGGAAUUCCCAGAGUCCAAGGCUUCUUUUAUCUGUAUGUUUCUUCUCCUGAUAGCUCACCUUUUAAAAGGGAGCUUGGGAGGUUGCUUAUUCAGGCCCAUCCCAGAACUCAGUCAUAUUCUCACAGGGAGGACUAAGUGGUUAACCAGAUUAUUUUCAGAGGAUCAGAGGUCACAUUAUAGAGUAAUGUGGCUUUAUACACUCAUGUCAUUUUCUUUGAUUCUAAAAUAAGGAAAAUGAAUGCAGAACUCUAUUUCCAAAUAUGAAAUGGUGAUUGCAGGUACAACCCAAUUGUGUAUUCUUAGUGUGUAAUGACAACAUUGAGAGGAAAAUUGAUUAGUAUUUUUAAAACAGCAGGAAAAUUAUUUCCUGCCCAAACAUUGAUUAAUUUUUGAAUAGGCUUUCUUAUAAUCCUUUUUCUUCCAUAGACUGCAGGGUGCAGCACAGUCAUAUUUUAUGUGGAGUCAAGCAGAGAAACCUUCUUGCUGUGAUUAAACUUAUUGCUGCUUUUUUCAGCAGGUGCAAAUAGCUUUGUCUUCAGUAGUUACACUUUCCUGGCUUGAUAACACAUCAGGACUUCCUAAGUUUCAUUUUGAUUAAAAAAAACUAUUGUCUUAUAUUAUGAAAUGUAGAAACAGUGAAAUGUUGAAAUUUUCUGAUAUAUAUUCCUCUCUUUGGCUUACAAAUAGCAAUUUGCUUAGCAUCCUUGCAUGAAUGCUUUAAAAUCCUAUUAGCUGAGAUUCAUGUGACAUUAAUUUGUUACUGGCUAGAGGUAACAUAAAGUAUAGUGAUAAGACUGAAGUCCUUUCCCUCCUCUAUUUGAGGAGUUAAGGCAUAGAAAUAAAAUAAGUAAAUAUUACUAUGGGAGAGUUUAUGAUGAGUCCCAAAGGAGUGGUUUAGAGUAUUGUGUACUGGUGGAGGAUUUCAGAGGGGGAGAGACUUUAUGCACCCUGGGUUGGCUAGGGGACAGCUCAUGCAGGUGCUGGGCCUUGAGCUGGCCUCUGAAUAUUGGAGGGAUUUUGGUAGAGAAGAGUAGGAGGGAUGCUCGUGGCAUUACAAAGGCAGCUGGGCUGGAAUGUGCCUGCUCUUCUAACAGUGAGUAGACCCAUUUGGCUGUCAUAAAGGACUCUUGAAGGAGAAUAAUGGGAAAUACAACUGGAAACAUAGAGUUAAAUAAAACUGGAAUAAGGGCUUUGGAUGCCAGACAAAGGAAUUUGGACUUUAUUCGGUAGAACAUGGAUAAAUAGUGAGGGUUCUUGGACCAGGAUAAGUAGAAAAUGUAAGAAAUGACUUUGUACUUAGAGCAGUAGCAGCACACAGCUGUGACCGGAGGGGUCCCAUGAUGGAAACAGACAGCAGCUGAAUAUGUAAAAUCUCGACUCCCGGAGGUUCUUAAACAGCAUCUCCAAGACUACGAGAAAGACAAAGAAAACAGUGUAUUGUCUUAUCAGACCAUCCUUGAACAGCAGAUUCUAUCAAUUGACCGAGAAAUGCUAGAAAAAUUGACUGUAUCCUAUGAUGAAGCAGGCACAACAUGUUUGAUUGCUCUGCUGUCAGAUAAAGACCUCACUGUGGCCAAUGUGGGGGACUCACGUGGGGUCCUGUGUGACAAGGACGGGAACGCCAUUCCUUUGUCUCAUGAUCACAAGCCAUACCAGCUGAAGGAAAGGAAGAGGAUAAAGAGAGCUGGUGGUUUCAUCAGUUUCAACGGCUCCUGGAGGGUCCAGGGUAUCCUGGCCAUGUCUCGAUCCCUGGGGGAUUAUCCGCUGAAAAAUCUCAAUGUGGUCAUCCCAGACCCAGAUAUCCUGACCUUUGACCUGGACAAGCUCCAGCCCGAGUUCAUGAUCUUGGCGUCAGAUGGCCUCUGGGAUGCCUUCAGCAACGAAGAAGCUGUUAGAUUCAUCAAGGACCGCUUGGAUGAACCUCACUUUGGGGCCAAGAGCAUAGUUUUACAGUCAUUUUACAGAGGCUGCCCUGACAAUAUAACAGUCAUGGUGGUGAAGUUCAGGAAUAGCAGCAAAACAGAAGAGCAGUGAUCCCUUAGGGGUCACAGCUGCCUUAGACUAAAGGACUUUCAACACACUGGUCUCUUUUAAUGUAGUGAAAGGUGUGGGAGUUACAGUUAGGAUCAUCCAUCCCAGAUACCGGAUUUCCCCUUCCUGGCCAUCUUAAGUCUAUGUGCUGUGAUGAACAGAGGCUGCUCUUGGCCAAUGUAGUUGAGAGGCUGGAAAAUGGUUUCUUUGUGUUUUCCCAACUCUUCCAUCCAAUGUUCAAAAAAAUAUAUAUAGCUAUAGAUUCACAUGUAUGACGUGAAUGGCAUAUGUGCCAUAUAGUCUCCUUUUAAGAUUGUUUUCAAGAUCCCUAAAAGGGCCCUCCAGGCAUCAGACUUUGUGUCCUCUCGUUGGAGCAGUGAGCAGAACAAACCUCCUAGGAGACCGGCUGCAGGGUCACCUGUGAGUCGGGGGUGAAAGGCAGAGCUGUCCUAAGAAUGCACUGUCCUCCUGAGCCUAGGUUUUCUGCUCUGCGGCAGCCAAGAAACAGAUCUGGACAUGGUUUAUUAUUCUGUGGCUGCUCUUGGAGGCUGAGGGAUGUGGGGAGGAUGUGAGCCGCCUGCACAGCAGAAAUAACCUUUCCCCCACUUUCCCUUUAUUAGUUCAAUAGACUUUGUGUACCACCUGACCAGUCUUUGUGCGUUUAUCCUAGUCGUGCAUGACCUUAGCCUUUUGCUCACACCUUACCUUAUGUGAUAGGCAGCUGUUAAACUUUACCACCAGACACCACAAUUUCUUACAUUACCAAGAAGUGAAAAAAGCAAAUCUCAAUACCAUAAUUCCUUCCAUCUUUAAGGGUAGAUAGGAGAAAUAGUGGCUGAAUCAGUCACAGUGGCCCUUGGGAAGACUGCCAUUUGCAUUGGGAGAAAAGGCUGGGGAGUUGGCCUUCCUGAAUUGAGCUCCAGCUGCCCAGUUUUGUGCAUUUUUCCCCCUCUCCUAUUCUAGUAGCUUUCAAGCAUCUCUCAAGCAGUGUUCUGAGAAGCAGCAGCCUGGCCUAGAACUGCAUGUGUGUUCCCUGAAGCCACACUUUGGAAUUCGGGUGGUAAACUACUGGUCUUCUACUUGACAGUGGAGAGGCAGCAGUCUUUAUCAGUCAGCUGCAAAUCACUGAGUUAUUUGGGAGCCAGACUGGCUUCUUUUCAUUUUGUAUCACCAAAGUCAUGUUUCCAAUCUCAGUAUUUUAUGAUUACGUUAACCUAUAUGCUGGGUUUCCCUGCUGAGGUGGCUUAAUGGCCAAACAAGAUUUUCAUUGCAUCCCCAUCCCUCUGUGCCUGAAAUGCCAGAGUGUCUGCUUGAUUUUGUCCUUCCAGAGUGGGCAUUUGUCGUUAUAGCUUCUCAAAAGCCCCUGAUCACUGGCCACCUGCCCGCAGUGCUGCUUCCCAGCCCUUCUACAGCUGUGGAACUUUCCUGAAGCAGGUUCGGGAGGAUGAAAAGAUUCUGUGGUGGCCGCCAAGGACUGUAAUCUGUCUGGACUCCUCCAAGCACUUAACCUUACUUUGACUGAAAGAAUUAAUAAUGGUUUCCCAAGAGAUUUGCUUACUUUUGUAAACUGCAGCAUUAGAAUUUACACUAUUAGAACCUUGCUGGGGGGAGGGGGUUAGCCACAGAAUGUUCUAGUACAAAAUACCUGCCACCAUGUCAGUUGGAGUAUUUGCCUGUUGAGAGACACUGACCAUCAGGAUGUGUGUAUUUGUGGUGGGGGUAGAAGGGGAAUAUGGGCAACAUCCCAUUUGUGAUCAGUGAUGGGGCAGUCAGGCCAGGUGGCCUGAGUUUGCUUGGUGAUUUGGGACGUUCUGAUUCUGGAGACAUACCAAAGCCCACCUUCUAACUGGAGUCCAGGAAUAAGCAGUAUCAGCAUGUUACAAUACACAGUCAAUUUUCCCUUUUUGUUUUUAACCUAACCCAGAAUUCAUUAGCAAGGGAAAGAUAUUUUAAAAUCCUGUCUUUAUUGUUAUUGUCUAAAAUGAAGACGGUAUGGUUUUGGUGAUAAUGACGAAAAAGAAGACUACUAAAUUAGUAGAUUAGUGUUUCUUUGCCCUGCAAAAUGUCUUAGCAGCUGGUGCUGAGUGCAAGACUUUCAAUCUGAUUGCGCUUCCCAAGGCAUCUUCUAAACUUUGCUUUGUAGAAUUCAUUCAUUUCUGACUUGUAACUAAGUAGGGUAUAUAUUUUUUACUCCCUUUCUGCUUCUUUUUCUCCCACUCUGGCUUGUGGAUUUUUAAAAAAAUAGAAGUUCUAGGCAAAAUAGUAGCAGUUUGACUCAUAGUUAUGUCUAAAGUCAGGCUACUCUGUUCACUUCCCCUGUGCUCCUGGAGUUUUCCCUCCCAGAGCCUCCUCCAGCUGGGGGAGGAGGGUCUGCAGACAUCACCCCAGGAUCUCCAAGGCUCAUUGGCCACUCAGCUCCCAUUUCCUAGGGACAGGGAAGGUUGAGACGCCUUAGGGAAAUUGAUUUGAGAAGUUUGCAUGUGAAGCUUUCCUAAACAGCACUGCCGAAGCUUUGGAGUUGUCACCCAAGGCUGCCCAGUCUCCCUAGCUCGAGUUCGCAUUGCCAAUAGCCCCCAUGGUGCCAAAUUUUGGAAUGGUUUUACAGUCUUUUAGAAAUGAAGCUGGGAAUGAAUAGUCAUGUGCUUCUGAGCCCUUGGCAAGAUGCCAAGCCCAGGGCUUGAUUAAUGCACUGCUCUCCUGCUGCUCCGCCAGUGAUUUGUACUCUUUAAAAUGGGUUAGUGUUGGGGGUGGCGGGGGGGAGGGGGGAGGCAGGGAAAUUUUAAAAAAUUCAUUGUAUCUGCAGUUCUCUAAUCAAAGGCAUAAAUAAUACUUAUAUGGAAAGCUCCAUAGCUAGUUCCCAAGACCAGCAUUUAUGUCACCUGGCCACCUUGCCCAGGGCACUUAACGCUGGGGUCGCUGUUCUGAUACAACAUGACUGUACACGUUACUGGUAACCAGUGGCUACUUUCUAGUCCUUGCCUUGGACUGAAGGCAUUGUCCUCUAAGAUCUUGUCUAUGUGAUGAGUAUUACAGAGAGUGUUUUAUAGAGGUAGGAUCAUAUGUGAUUUGGAUAAUUGAAAACUGGUCUUCUUUGAUACAACUGUUAUGAUUUUAACCCACAUACACCUUGUGCAAACAGAACUGCGCGAGAGAUGACAUCAUCAGUCCUGUCUGGGCUGAUUCUAGGGAGUGGAUCACAAGAUAGAACUGGAUCACUGGGGUAUCUGGCAAAACAUGAGGGACUCACAGAGGGAGUAAUCACUUUUUCCUUUGCCAGGUAUACCUGGAUUUUCCUGAUUAUUUUUUUACCCCCUGAGUUGUUGCCGGAUCUAACUCUCUUGCAAAUGUGAACACAGAAAGUUUAGAAAAGGCAGAAUUUCAUUGUACACUUGAAACCGUAGGAAUACAUACUCUGGAUAAAGUUUUAUUUUCCAAUGAUCUCAGAAAAAUUUUUCCUCCUUUGGACCCAUUAUUAGACUAAAUCUCUUAAUAUUCCCCCCAGAUUGCCUUGGCUCAUCACACCAGCAUCCCUAAUCCAGCUCUGCAGAAAUGUCACAACUAUUAGCUACCCAUGCCAGGGCCUCUUUUAUUGCCUCUGGAUUAAAUUGUUCAUGUGUAGACUUUUAAGUUAACUAGCUAAACACUGCGGGAGUAAUGGAAUAUAAUGUUUCCCAAAGUGUGUUCCACAGAAUACAAGUUCCAAAGAUACUCUUUCAAACAUAAGUUUCCAGGGUCAAAUGACUUUGGGAAACAUAUUGUCUUAGAAAAGUUAGUGCAUGUAAGCACAUCAAGGGUUCUAAUUUAAACAUCCUGGGGGGGGGGGGGAGCGGAGAGAGAAAACCACUGCAAAUGUGAUUUCAGUGUUAUCCAGAUAAAUCUGACCACAGAAACUCUUUUGAGUAACAUCUGGUAACAUUCCAAGGAGCUUUUGUUCCACAGGACCCACCCUGACAAAUUCUGGCACCGGAAAUAUUACUGUUUUCUCAUUUGCUAUGACUCAUAGUACUUGCAGUACAGUUUGCAAUUCAGAAGAAUUAGUCCUUUCACGGAAGAGGUUGCUUUGUUAAUGAAAACAGUAUUAAGAAAUAGUAUGAUUUAAUAAUGACCAUCAGCAGCCUCAUAUUGAUGGUAGAAGCCCAACUUGAAACUCUAAACUGAAAUUCCCACUGUGGCACAGUGGAAAUGAAUCCAACUAGAAACAGUGAGGUUGAGGGUUCAAUCCCUGGCCUCACUCACUCAGUGGAUUAAGGAUCCAGCAUUGCUAUGGCAUAGGCCAGCAGCAACAGCUCCAAUUCGACCCCUAGCCUGGGAACCUCCAUAUGCUGCGAGUGAGGCCCUAAAAAGACAACAGACAAAAAAAGAAAAACUCUAAACCUCAGUUCCUUUCUUUUUAUGUGAAUGAUAAGCAAGAGUCUUGCCACAGCUAGAGAUUUCUCAAAUUCGUUCCAAGAGCUUUCAGUUGCUUUUUCAAGGUUAUCUUUGCUUUCCAAAUGGAAUCAAAAUAAAUCUUUUUACAUUUUAUCACUAUGUGAGAGUGAAAAAAAAUUUUUUUAAAUAAGAGAAAAGGGGGAAAUAGCAUAUUUGGUAUUCAUUUUUAAAAUCCUAACUAGAUUUUUAAAAAUUAUGUAUCCACUAUUUACUCAUUUACUCUCUUAUCAUUCAUGCUAAAAUUCCUGUGCCAUGUUGUCCCUCCUUUUAAAUUUUAUGAUACACGUAAAAUUAGGUUUGGCAAGUAAUUUUUUGCCUAAAAUGUAAAGCUUGACUGUAACUCCAUAAUCAUCACUCUCAGCCUAGGUAAUAUGUUUGGACAGCUCUGAGAGAUAAUCCCAAAAUAACAGAUGAAAAGGAUCUAGUCAAAAACAUGGUACCAAGUGAAUCUGGGGUAGUCAUUACCUUAAAAUUACAUCCAAUAUUUUGGAAUAUGGUCUCUCUCUGGUUGUUAUCCAAAAUGGUAUAAACCUGAAAGUAAAAUCACUUAGGCUAGGUGGCAGAUUCCAAAUGGCAAGUGACAGUUAAUACUCUAAGGUUUCUAUUAGAUAUGUGAUUUUAAACUUGUUUUCUAAUAUGUAACUUUAUUUGCUAAUUCUUAAUAAUGUUGAUGCUUUGUCCAUUACUUUUUUAUUUUUACCACUGUUAAGCGGGAAACUUUAACCAAGAACCCUUGGUUAUGGUCAUGUUUGUGUUAAGUAAUAACCACACCAUCAUUUGUACAAUCACUUCAAUAAAUCUAAGUUAAGGACUUUGAAGAGAGCAUGUAGUCACUGUUCAUUUUAACAGAUCAUCAUAGGCAUUUGUGUAAUUCUAAACUCCACCAAAAAGUAAGCAAGUAGCAAAGGUCUAGGUUAUAUUUAAAGAUGUGGUUUCAUUUAGUCUAGAAGACCUAUAAUCUGGCAUUAGUACCACAAAAUCCCCUCUGACAUUUGACAAGUCCAAAUUAAUCGCAAACCCUCUUAAGGACCAGAGUCCCUAGAUUUGAGUGCAAGCAGAUUACUGUGAGGGCCCCCAUGGCAGACUGGGGGGAGGGGAGAGGGGCAGGGCAGUCUACCUGAGUCACUCACUGCCUCUGUAAGAGAGGGACCAUAUACCAGCCACAUCUCUCAUCACCUUUCAUCACGAAGUAUUUCAGAGGAUGAAUGUGAUGUUAUGCAUCAUCUCAACAUAUUUUUACAUGUUGUGUAAUUUAAAUGCAGUGCAUAAUUUUAAAUGUGUUUAUGCAGAAACAAAGGUAGAAGUAAUAGUCAAGGGACUGGAGAAAAAAAAAAAAAACCUAUAGGACCCUCAGACACUGAGAAUGGAAAAAGUGGGUUAUCAAAAAUUCGGAUUAUUAGACUUUCACCUGUAUGGGUUGUAUUUAAUAGCAAUUGCUGACACCUUCAUGCUGAUCCAUAGUAGAAGGCAGUUUUUCCCACUUUUCACCUAUUCAAAUACAAGGCUUCUCAUUUAGAGUAUUGUCUAGUGUUUUACUUAAAUGUUAAUAAGUCCAAUUCUAAACCCCCUUUUUAUAGGACUGAUGGAACAGAUAGAAUAACAUUUAAGAAAAAUAGUUCAGAUUUUUUUUUAAUUGUAAAAGAUGCAAAAUUAAUUUUCAGUGUGAUCAAAAUCAGAAUGUAAAGAAAAGCAUUUUCAAGAAAAUAUACAAGACAAAAUAAGAAUAAUAAAAAAGGAAAUAUUUAAAAUUAAGAAAAGAUUUUAUUAUAGCAUGAAUCAUGCUUUCUGAUAUUUGUGUUCUUUCUAAAGUUAAGGAGACGACAUUGAAGAGAAUGAAUUCUGAUUUGUAUUUGUAAAGUUGUAAAAUUACAGUCCUUUUCGCAAUCUUUCCCAGUGACAAUGUAUCCAUGUGAUCUUAGUUACUCCUCUUCUAAACCACUUUUACUGUCCUAGGUUCUGUUUACUUUCCAAAUGCUAAGCAUGGUUUUACCCUGAAUCCUUAGAAUUUGUGCAUUUUAGAAUUUUUUUAAAUAGUAAGAGAGACUAAAUGAUAGACCUUCCAUUUUAGAGUACCCCCAUAAAACCGAAGUCAGAUAAACAUAGUCACGGCUACAGCUGGGGAUGAGUUUUAAAACUGGUUAUUUUCUAAAUGCCAACACCAAUACCAGAGAGUAUUCAAUUUAAAGCAGACAAUUUCAUAAAAACCAAGCACAGAAUUAUUUCAUGUUCCUGCUUCCUAGAGAGUUUUCCCUAUAAUAAAAAAGGGCAUGUUUGCUCAUAUAAUUUUGAAAAUUCCUGUGGAAAUGGUGCGUUAGACAUCUCUAACCAAAGAGAAUGAUGCCUCUUGUGCACAUUUUAAAUUCCCAUCUAUCUCUGUUAGGCAAAGACAAACAGUGACUACUCAGUGUAAUAAUGAAAAGGUGUAAAUCCUGCUACAUGGGGGAAAACUAGAACCGCCCCUGAUUUAGGCUCCUAGACUAUAACCAGACUAUAUUUAUCAUCUUGAUUGCUCUUUUAUCUCUGCAUAUAUUCAGAAAAUGGAGUAACAAGAACAGAAAUGGAGAAGAUCCAGUAACUUCUGCUCUUAUUUUAGAUAGUAGUGUUUGCCUUUUAAAAAUCUAUUGGAAAUACAUGUUCACAUUGAAACAAUGACAUCUGCAUUAUCUAUACUUUACUCUUUCAAAUACUAAAGCAAAUGGUUUUGACUUACAGCACUCACACAACUUCAGUUAAAAUUAUGGAGCUGAAAUCUAUUUUGCAAUGCCUCAACCUUCCCUUGGUCAGCCAGGAAAAAGAAAAUAAAAGCAAAAGAAGAAAACAUUUUAGAGUUUAGAAGAACAAUUAUUCUAACAAGUCUGAAAAACAGUAAUAGUAUUUCCACAACAUGCCAAUGUGACCUAUGUUCACAUACAUAAUUCCUAACUACUAAAUGUACAAUUUUUAAAUAUAUGUGUGACCAUCAUUGCAUUUAUAACAUAUUGAUUUAUAUUAUGAACAGAUUUAAUUGUUAUAAGUAAAUCUGCUUGUAUAUUUUAGUCUAUUAUUAUUAUUACUUUUUUGAGUUCUUACCAUAUGCCAAGUGUAUAGUGUCUGAAAGGAGUAUACCUAGAGGUAAGCACUCAGGCACCAUCCCCACCUUGACACUUACAGCUCAGUGGAGGCUUCACAGAUACUGCAAUUUUUAGUAUUGGCUGAAUGGGGUAAAAAUUGGCAUCUUUCAUGAUCUUUUCUAAUGAAUUUAGAUAUUUAAGGACAGGGCAGAAUUAGAGUCAUUCUUUCCUACACUUAAAACACAGUGAAUUGUCAAAGAUUGGGAAUAUCUUGCCCCCACCCAAGCAAAUUGCAUCAGAUAAUUAUUCCACGUUAGAUCAUCUAGUUUCCCAAGGAUGGAGUUGGGGAGGUGAGAUAGAGAGCCUCUGGGGACCAGGGCAGGGGUCAAGCUGUCCCACUGGGGAAGCCUCUGCCCCAGUGGGGCAGCAGCCAUGCAAGCGCUCAGUGGUGGUAUGAUCCAAGCCAGGGUAUGGCUCCCUGUAGGAUUCUCUAGAGAAAGGAGAGAACUGCAGCAAAGGAGACCAGGGAACAAUGAGAACAUCUCUCCAUUGCCUGUUUUUAUUUUUGUUCCCAGGAAGCUACGUCCCAACCUCAUGUCCCAAAAGAGAACCCAGAACUGAGAGUGUUUACCAUUAAUGUUCCUUGAUUAUGUAAAUAAGUGAAUUUAGUAUAUAGAAAAUUAACAUAUUUCAGGAACACUAUUAUUUCUUGAUCUUAAUUGUGAAGACCAGAUGCCAGAUUUUUUUAAAUCAUAAAUUUGGCAGCCAUUGUUACUUUUAGACAUUUCAGAGUCUAGGCACAGAAUUCAAGUCUUACAUUUUGAACAAAUAUAGCAACAUCUAUUUUCUGUAUGGAAAAGCAAAACUGAAUACCAGACUUGUUUUUAACCACAGAAGCCAACACGUCUUUCUAAAUUCUUUGCGUGGUCAUCUUCCCUAGAUGUGUCUUUCGGCUUAUACCAAUUGCUUCUUUAUCCAAGUAAUAUUAGCUAUUGAUAAAUUACGUUAGAAUCCUAUUGAAUCGGAAUAAUAGUGAAUAAGAGAUUGGGAAUAUCUCACUGUGAUCAGAAGUGGAGUUUUUGUUGUUUUGUUUUGUUUUUAAUCAAGGGAUCAUACAAAAGGAAAUGCACAUUAAGUCAAACCUGUUCGUGAUUUGGUGAAAUUAAAACCAUAGGAGGAGUUCCCGUCGUGGCGCAGUGGUUAACGAAUCCGACUAGGAACCAUGAGGUUGAGGGUUCGGUCCCUGCCCUUGCUCAGUGGGUUAACUUUCCGGCGUUGCCGUGAGCUGUGGUGUAGGUUGCAGACGCGGCUCGGAUCCUGCGUUGCUGUGGCUCUGGCGUAGGCCGGUGGCUACAGCUCCGAUUCAACCCCUAGCCUGGGAACCUCCAUAUGCCGCGGGAGCGGCCCAAGAAAUAGCAACAACAACAACAACAACAACAACAACAAAAGACAAAAAAAAAAAAAAACCAUAGGAAGAGUCCAGUUAUUAAGGAAGGAAAGGAGGGUUGGCAGAAGUAAGGGAACAAACCUCAUGUAACUGAGAAGUAUUUUUCAUGAAUGGUGUAUCUCAAAAGGUCUGCUCUUGUUCCCUGAUGAUUUUGAAACAGUGAUUUUGCAUAUGCUUUUAUCACACCUAUUUCAACAUUAAGAAAAAUGUUCUUCAUAUCAGCAUUUUCUUGCUAUUUUAAAUUCAUGUUAUUUUUUUAUUAGAAAAGAAGCAGGAUCCAUAAUAUAUUAGACAAUGCUUUCUUUUAUGGAUUUUCCAAUUAUAUUUAAUAAUUAAAUCAUAGGUCAAAAGGACUGCUCAAAUCAAUCAGGCUAGAUUUCUAGUAAGUUGGUGCCUGAAAAUUACCUAUAAAAGACAACAAAAACUUGGUAAAAUCUCAUUACGCUUGGUACUCUUUAGAGGUUUUUAUACCUACCAGUCUAUAUUUGUCUCUAAGAGACAUUUGAAACAAAGUUAAAAUGUCAAUUUGUUGUGGAGUUCAGGGCAUAUGGCAGUACUGGCACGGUCACUCAAGAUGCAUGUUGUGUCAUUCAGGUCCCUUGGAUGUGUGCUAGGGGUAGAUUUAGCCUUGUAGAGACUAAUGUGUUCAUUUAAUCACUGAUUCUGUGUUGUUGUAUAUAAAAUGAACAGCUAAAAAUUCACCCUUGAUGACAAGAUUAAAGCAAAAAUUAACACAUUAAAGUUACUGGACUUUA